AUGGAUCGUCCUUUCUCCAAACAGGUCAGGCCCGACAACCCCUUCUCCCGGCUCACUGCCCUCGAGAAGAUGGGCGUUGUCAGGGACUACGAGGCCGUCACCCGCCAGCACGUGGUGGUCGUCGGGCUGGGAGGGGUCGGCUCUGUGGCGGCGGAAAUGCUGGUCAGGCUCGGAGUGGGCCGGUUGUCUCUGUUCGACUACGACCGGGUCGAGCUGGCCAACAUGAACCGUAUGUUCUACAUGCCGGAGCAAGUCGGCACCUCCAAAGUCGAGGCCGCCAUCCAGACUCUCAAGAGGAUCAACCCAGCCCUAAGAGCCUAGCCGUGUCCUUUGGACAUCAGCCUUUCGUAGGGCUACGACAGGCUGAGCCAAGUACUGGCUGAGAAGCCGGUGCUACUGUUGUGCUGCGUCGAUAACUUUGCAGCCAGGAUGACCAUCAACCGACUCUGUGCUGAGGCCAGGCAGGUCUGGUUCGAAACGGGGGUCAGUGAGGACGCCAUGUCCUCGCACGUGCAGAUCAUCGUGCCGGGGCAGACCGCCUGCUUCGCCUGCGCGUUGCCUCUGGCCGUGGCGGAAGGCACCCCGAAAAUCCGCAGGGAGGGGGUCUGCACGGCUUCGCUGCCGACCACGAUGAGCAUCACAGCAGGGCUGGCGGUGCAUAACGCCCUUAAGUUCAUGCUGCAGUUCGGGGAGAUCGGGGGCUGCCUGGGCUACCAGUCGCUAAGCAACUUCUUUUCGGAAGAGGUGCUAUUGCCAAGUCCCGACUGCCAGGAACGGGGUUGCCAGGCUGCCCAGCUCGAGCAUCCCCGGCAGCCUCAGCCACUCACUGACAAGAGCACUGCUCGACUGGCAGUCACCAACCUCGAUCACCGGCAGAUCAACUGCCACGACCUCUACAACCUGGCCAGCUCUUUCAAAGGCACGGGCAUGCGGCUGUCCUACGAGCUAGAGCACGGCCCGCAGUGGGACUACGGAGCGGUCGACCCCGAGGUGGCUCUUCGGAUGUACGAGCGGGACAGGCUGAAGUACUACUACUUCAUAAUCGAGCUCGACAGUCCUCACACCGCCUAG